UACGCGCUCUACACCCGCAUUGCCUAAUAGAAAACGCAAGUAGCGCUGGUGAACUUGGGUCACUUCCUACAUUUAGCUUACGCUUCCUCUAAUGUCAAUAUCAGUCGAAAUGUCAUCACUGUACCAUGGAAAGUCUUACAUUUUAAAUCUAAGACAGUCCGAGUCAGACUCAAACUAGUUGGACCUGUCCGCGUCCAAAUCUUAGGACUUUGACCAGCAGGAGAUCUCACCCAAAAAUUGUUGCCUACAAUCUUUGCCUUACCUGUCAGGACAUUGUCACGACCUUUGCGACUGCAGGGAUACUCUCAUGCUGCCAGUUGGCACUUGGAGACGGGCCUAUGCUUAAACCAUAUACCCGUGAUAACGCAGACUUGGAAUAAUGGAGGAACCAAAUCGACCCCAACGCAAAUUAUCAACUGCAGGGGAGACUCUAUAUCAGAUAUUAGGUGUGCAGAGGGGCGCAUCCGACGAUGAGAUUAAAAAAUCGUACAGAAAACUUGCACUUAGGUAUCAUCCAGACAAGAAUCCAGACAACCCAGAGGCUGCUGAGCGCUUCAAGGAGAUCAACAACGCCAAUUCAAUCCUGAACGAUGAGAACAAGAGGAAGAUCUAUGAUGAAUAUGGCUCAAUGGGUCUUUACGUGUCUGAUCAGUUUGGAGAAGACAGUGUUAAACUCUACUUCCUCAUGUCUAAAUGCUGGUUCAAGGCUCUCAUGGUGAUUGGGAUGCUCUGCACGUGCUGCUGCUGCUGCUUCUGCUGCUGCUGCUGCUGUGGGAAGUGUGGGCGCGAGGAGGCGGAGGAGGAACACUACUACUUCAUGGAUCCCGAGGAGCUGGAGGCCCAGAUCAGAGCUGAGCAGGAGGCCUCGGGUUGGCGCGGGCAAGGACACUAUGGGCCAGAGUCUGACACAGGAGAUGGUGGGGUAAUUUCCGGUCAGCCCAUUCCCUUAGGCCCUCCUUCAGAUUCAGGAAAUGGUGGGGUCAUCUCCGGUCAGCCCAUUCCUUUAGGCCCUCCUUCAGGCUCAGCAGGUGCCAUUCCCUUAGGCCCUCCUCCAGACUCAGGUGAUGUUCCCUCAGCCGUCGUGGUGGUGCCGUCCCACUCGCCCAACCCAUCUGCUGCACAGGCACUGAACACAUCUAGCACAGAGGAUCUGGUCAAAGGUUACUGACCCCAUCUCAUUAGCUCUCACCUGCAGCAAGUGAAGGAAUGACACACACUGAACUCUCUGCUGGUCACACAGAAGGAUCACAAACGCAAGACUGUCUGCCAGAUACCUUUCAGUUCAGACAGGAUUUGACGGUAAAAUGCUUGAUAGAACAUCUAUUGUUGAUAAUGCGAGGUUUGAGAAGCCCUUUGUUUGUCAGGCUCAUUCCUCUGCUCAGAGAUUAUAUAUUUUUAUUGCUGAAAUGGAUUACCAAUGAAUGUAUUUGAUUAUCCAAACUAGAUAACAUUAUCCGGGAAUCAACUGGUGAUAGCUGGCAUGUUCCCGCAAGUUCUGUGAUGGUUUUAUUUUGUUUUUUGUAAAAAGAAAUUGUAAUAUGUAUUCAAACAAAAACAUUUUUUGAUGCCUUAACUUCCAAAGAAAGCUCUGACACACAACGCAGACGUUUGGGGGUUAAAGUAAGCCUUGAAAAACUACCGUUGUGUUAAUCCUGUGAACGUCAAGGGUGCAUCAUGAUGUUGAGUAUUGUUUACAAAUUAAGCUGAUUUAUUUGAUGAGGUUUACAUUUAUUCAGGAAUGAUUUAUUUCUUCUUUUUGAACGAAGUUUUACUAGUCAAAGUGACUUACUGAGGCCAGAGAGAGCUUUGCUGUAGUAGUGCAAUGUACACUACUGCCAAAGUCCCCAUGCAGUUACUGCUCUCUACCUUGGCCAAUGACACAAAUUGUAGUCAUACAUACCCAGCUCCAGUGCACAUAGAUAUCACUGUACGAUUUUCACCUCAUCUUGGAAAUGUUUUUCUAGUCUUUUCAUGACUUGAGAAACUCUAUGUGACUGUAAAAUAAGUUGCUUGCCUGUUAUUAAAUUAUACGCAAUAUGCCACGUCACAGUGGAGUAAAUGUCAGCACUAUAUAUUUAUCUAUUUUAUUGUCGCCAUUCCAUAUUGUUAUUUUUCUCUCUAUUUAGGCUGAAUUUUAUGUUCGCUCCCAUUAAAUGCGAUUUUGAAGGA